AUUCCAAGAUGGCAGCCUCCAUGUGUGGCGAAGGGAAAAGAAUCGUCCCCUUAAAUCAAUAAAAUUACACGUAAUCUGGCACAUUUUGUGAGGCAUAGACGAAUUUUUGAUAUUCACUACAUAUUCGUGCGGUGAAAGCUUCAUUCAGGGUCGUAGGUGAGCAGAGAGGUAAUAAAAUGAAACUUGAUUGAGAAAUGAUAAGUUGAGAACAGGCCACUGGCACAGCAUGCUCAUUCCUGAUGCAUGACAAGAUUCUUAUCUUGGCCUGGAGACAGAUGCUUUGGCCAUCAUGAGCAUGCGGCGACAGUCCCGAGUAUCCAGUCAUGCUUCGCUCCCAGAGAACAAGUCAGAGGCUGCAUUCAAUGAGAGGUCAACACGAUCUCGCACUUCCUCAGAAGACCUUGUGGUCCUUGAACUCCCGAGGAUAGUCAGGACAAAGCGGUCAGGUCAUCAGCGGUCAGGCAUUGAUGGUCAGCACGACGCCAUCAAAAAUGGCAAAGCAGGCUCGAGUGCUGUCAGCUUGGAGGGGAAGGCAUCGAGACGUGGGUUGCGGAGCACAGAGUAUUCUGUGGCCAAAGAAACAGAUGCUGCUGCCAACGUUGAACACCAUAGUGGCGGCGGUGGUGGUGAUGCCAAUGUCUCAGGACGCACAAGGAAAAGAUCUGGAAGGAUAACUAGUACUGCAGAAGAGACUGAAAAGGCUCAAACUCACCUACAAGAAGCCCAAACUGAUGGUCGCUCUUUGCGUAGGCGAACUAGAUCGGGUACCUCAGUGGAUGGUGUUGGCAAUGGCCCUGCUGAAAGAACAAAAGACAAUGACCCAGACAAUUCCCAACAGAAAAGUUGUGGAGAAGAGGUUUCUAGUUCGCAUAAAACCUCACCAAGCAAGAUUGCAGAGGAGGAUGCGAAUACAUCAGAUGGGAGGAAGGAUAUUGAUGAGGUUACAUCUUUAAAUGAGCAUCAUCAAAAGUCGGAAGACUUACCACAAUCUACCUCAGUACACAAAAUCUCCAAUGCAUCAAAAUCUCAGCAAACAAGACCAGGAGAAACAGUGGUGCAGGCAGGAACUAUAACUAUAGCUUCCAUUGGAUCACAAGGCUGCUCUGAACAACCUCGCGAAGUUAGAAACAAGAUGCCUAAGCUCAACCUUCCUUCUGCAUCCUCCGAAGAACCUCUUUCACGAACUAGUCCAAGGAGAGCGCGGCAGUCUCACUCUCAGUCUAAUGAAAGUAAAAAUAGUCUCAUGAAUGACAAGCAAGAGGUGUCCGAACCUGACCCUGCCACAGAGGGUCAGUGUUUGGCAAGCAAUGGUAUCAGGGGAGGCAAGACAACUCCCAGGAAAAGAACCAGGAGUAGUAGCACCAGCAUCUCUCCAAGGAAGCCUCCAGAGAGCCAAGAUGUAGGCCCACCUGAGCCUGGCUCACCAAAAAGACGGAGGACAGGGACAGUGUGUCGGGACCUCUCCCAGGAUUUUGACACAGCUACGCUAGCGAGCACAGAUAUCACCCCCUCUUCUUAUUCACAAUCAGAAUGCAAUAAUGAAAUAAUGGCUGACCCUCAGGACGCUUCUGCAAGCAUAGACAGAACUCUAGAAGCAACUCUUAAUGAUGGAGACGGCAAAGAAACUUCAAAAUCUAUCACCUUGACACCUGAUAGUUUUGAUACUAGAACCACUGCAAAUACUGUUGGAACUGAAGUUUCCCUCCCACAGCGAUCCAGACACAGGAGUGGAACUUCCCCAAGGGGUUCCCCACUAAAACAGGCUCAGCUGGACCUCACAAAGUCCCCCACCAGAAGGGGUCUUAGGUCAGGCGGGGCCAUCCCAGAAACCCCUCCAGAGGAGAUCCAGGGGUCAGGAGUCACUGACAACAACACUGAUAACAACAGGGUAGAAACAACGCCUUCAGUGAGCCCCACCAUCAGUCCGAGGAAGUCCUCAGGAAAGAAAAAAGGUUCCGGCAAGAAGGAUGGUGUCCUUCCAAAGGAGGAGGGGAGGGAGUUAGUGGGGGAGUCCAGAGAGCAGACCCAGGAGGCGGGUCUCAGCAGAGAGGAUGUUGAUUGUCAGGCGGAGGAGUGGUAUGAGGAUGUGGAUGAGACGGAGCCUUUCUACUUUGAGUCUGAUCACAUGGCCAUCAAAGGAAAUAAAGACUACCGCAUGCUACUCCGCACCCUGACCACGCUGGAAGCACAGCGUAAGCAGGCCAUCCAGGACUUGGACAGACUGUUAGAAUGCCGUGACAAGGCACUCAAGAACCCCAUCAAGUUUGUGCACAAGCUGCAGCACAAGGAAAUGCUCAGUUUACCGCAUUCCCAACGAGUGGUCACGUGCCCUGACAUUGACUGGGGGCGCUACAUAGGUCCCCCAGAGACCAACGAACUACUGGGAUUGGUCAGUCAGCCAAGGAGCAUGCGGCCUUCAAAGUCAGCAAGCAAUCUUGCACAUUCACAAGUGGGCUGUGGGUCUUGUGGCCUAAGUCAGAUCAAGCCAGUGCCCACGACCUCCACGGCAUCUCAGGCCUUGCCAUCUGGGGCAGGAGUACCAGCGAGUCUGGAGCCAAACAAGCCUUCAACAAGCAGCAUAUCAGAUGAAGCGCAGAGCACAGAUGUGUCGGAGAUGAAGCCUGAGCAAAAGGUGGAAAUUGUCCGGGGUAGAGUUGCAGAGGGGAACAAGCCACCCACAUUUAACCAGCUAUGGACAAGAGAUGAACAGCGGAGAUUAGAAGAAUUCCUUGUUAAGUAUCCCACAGAAGAUGUGGAGGCCAGACGAUGGGAGAAAAUAGCCAAAGCGUUAGGGAAUCGCACAGCACAACAGGUUGCUAGCAGAGUGCAGAAGUAUUUCAUUAAGUUGAUGAAGGCCGGCAUGCCUGUGCCUGGACGACUGCCCAGUGUGUCCACAUACCAAAACUGCAGAAAGGGUAAGAAGAUUCACCCCUUCACUAAGCCUUUGUUCCAGCCCUCGACGUUUCUCCAGUCCAUUCAACCGCCUGUCUACAUGUCUGAAGAUGACCCCUAUAGCUACACCCUGGAUGAUGACGACGAUGAAUUGGUUUCUGAUGAUGAGUCCAUCCCUGUGGAUGUCAGGGACACCUCCGAGUACCAAGAGCUGAUUCAGCUGAAGCUGAUGAAGCGAAAGAAAGUCCGGCAGCAGGGCCAUGCUGGUUACCGCUGCGAUGGGUGCGACAUGGAGCCCAUUCUAGGUGUGCGCUGGCACUGCAUUGAGUGCCCAGAACCUAUCUCCACAGAUCUUUGCCAAAACUGUGUCAACUGCAACUUCAGCUCCAAGCAUCAUUCCAGCAGUCACCGGAUGGAACCAGUUCACACCGGCUACAGCCAGAGCUAUGUGGAUGGGGACUAUACCAGCUUUGAACCCAGCUCCGGAGACUACAACUAUUUGGACCCUAACUACAAUCCAAUGCAAGCCACAACCUGACCAAAAGGGUAUUAUCAUUGUUAUUGUAAACCACUACUUUAGGGAUGGGGAGCCUAUAAAUUGAUAAAUUGUAUCACUUGCUAAAUUCUAUAGAUUGGCAUCAUGGAAGGCAUGUUCCGUCAGCAUUGUUUGCACUGAACUUCCCUGAAGCACGAGGAUUAAUUAGAUUAAUAAAUAUUGUAUGUAAUAGACAGCACACAUGCACAUUCAAUCUGGGAAGUGUUAAGAAAAGCAAAUGUGUGUGACCGAUGUAGUUUCUAUACCAAGGACAUAGAUCUGCUUUACAGUGUGAGAAGCAUGAUAAAUGGACAGUAACCUAGGUCUCUUCUUUUUACUUUCUCCAUUUAUUAAUAGUGAUUAAGGAAAAGAUGAGUACCAAAGUUACCCAUAAUUCAUUCUUCUCCAUCAGUUGUUGAACAGAUCUAUGGCUUUGCUCCAUUUGUGAGGGAGCGAUUUAUUUAAUGCCCUCUAUCAGAAUUUAACAAGUGAAUGUCGGUACUUUUUUAUGGUUUUGAUUACAAGUAAUUUAGAAGGGUGACUUUUCUUCCGUGUUGUGGAAAAUCUGGACAACUAACACUGUGUGGACAUUGACUAGAAUAUGGUAUUUUAGGCUGACUGGACAGAGUAAUUUUUGUGAAGAACUUUUUGUAAAAGGGGAAAAAACUCUCUUAUCACUGAUGAAAUUCUGGCAUUAUUUGGAAAUGAGUAUUUCAGAGUUGCUGAACACCCCAUUAAAAUGAUUGCACACUGUCGACUGAAUGACCCUUGUGUACGAUGUCAAGAGUUGAUAUCGUCUUGCCAGUGCAUAAACGUCGUAUCUCAGUUUGGAGUAGAUGCACAAAUAGAUUUGUGGCCUCAUGGUAACUUUUGUGCUGAAUUACAGGAUGAUGCGACGACUUCAGGCAAAGGAUGCAUUAAGGAACAUAGAUCGGUUGUGCUGGGCUUUCGGUAUCUUGAUCAAUGUUAGAUAAAUGAACUUUGAUUGACAUGAGAUCAACACACCCCAUUCCAACUUGAAUGGCGCACCGGGCUUUCCAGUAAGUCACAACACAGUGAGACACAACGUUUUGCACAAACACACCGCAGUGCCCCAUCACAAAAGAAUGUAAGGUGUAAAUCUUGUAAAGCCACAGAUUAUCGUAACUCUGCUCUGGUUUCAAAGGAAUUUCCGUCUUCCAACUAAAGCCUGUUUUUGAAAUAAUCAAGUAGCAUCUGAAUCAGUUGCAAAUGUUACUUUAUUCAGUAUUCUUUUUUUUUACAAAUUGUGUGUUUGUUUCUCAUGCUUCUGUUGUGCAAAGGAUAAACGACAUUUUAACUUGAAUUAAUUACAUCAUAAUAAUGCGUCUUCAGUGAAAUAUGCCCGUUAUAAUCCUUGAGUAAAUCUGAAUCAAAAUACAGCAAAAAAUGAUUUCACGUGAUUAGCAGUUACGACAUCUUGCACUGACAAGGCGAUAUGCAGAGUUUAAAUUCCAAAGCGGAAACCAGUUUUACAAAAGAGAGAAAAACAGUCACUCUAACCAUUACUUAUCUCCCAAACAAUAUAUUUUCAAAUGAAAUUGAAUUCCAGGCACUCCGAAUUUUUUUAAACACAGUAAGGGACAAUAAUGUUCAACACUUCCAUCUUAUGCAGUGUGUCCCCCACAAAUAGUGCAAGAUACAAUCCAUUGUAAAUAUAACAUUUAAAAGAGUUCACUCUUGGCUUAAUUAUGCUUUUAAAUGUCCAUCUCCUGUCCUUUGGUAAUCCAGAGAGGUUCCCAAGUAUAAACAUAAGCGAUCCAAAUUGAGUCUGUGUCUUGUGAACUCUGAUCACGUGACCUAAUUGAAAUAAAAAUGCACAUAUGAGCUUUUCACUUUGAUUCCUAAGGAGAUGCUGACGGGGCUCAUCCUUCUAACUCCCUCAAUUUUGGGGCCCAUCUCUAGAUUACCAAAAGCAAAAAAGAUGAAAUAAAAUGCAUCAAGCUACAAGUGUUCUCUUUCAAAUCCUGGAAGUUGUAAAUAGUGCCAGUUGGCAUUUCAUGUUUAAGGUGGACAGAAUUUGCUUCCAUCUUUUUGCGGGAGACACAGGGCAUAACCACUUCAAUUAAAUGUGGAUGAUUCGCUAAAGGUAAAUUCCUCUCUCAGAUGAUAAAAUUUCCUCUCCUUUGAAAUGAUUAUUAGAUUUUGGAAGACUGAGUUUGAUUUGACUUUUUUUGUUUCAAGAUGACAAAAUGAGGAAGUAAUUGACAAGAAAUCUUGCCAAUUAUCCUAACUUUCCAUCACGCCAAUUUAGGGAUCAUGUUGAAUCACUAGCAGAGUCACAAGAAGCUAAAAAAUAUGCAAACUGGGCAUCUGAUGUAACAGACACAACAGUUGGGGACUUAGGUGUUUCCGGAAAUAUUUAGUGUAAAAUAAAUUUCGACGUCUUAAGUUAUUAUAGAUAUUUUAAAGAACUGUCAAGGAAUGACAUGGAUUUAAAAGCCUGCCUGUCUGGUACCUACAAUGUAUUUGACUAGUUCUUCCAUUAUGUUUGCCUAACAAUCUAGGGCGCAGACUCCGACGAAAACAUUAUACCCAGCAAGAUAUGGGAUGGAGGGGUACCCCCCUACAUGUCUGAUCCCCACACACACCCUAGAGUACUGUUACCUAACACAUCCUCCCAGAUGUCUGUAAAGAAUUCCGAUCAAACAAUGACCAACACAAAGGCGGGGGGGUUCUCUCCGUCCCUAUAUCUUGCUUCAUAUGGAAAACAUCAAAGGCUAUAGAUUCCUGUAAAAUAUGUCACACCAGUAUUUAUUUGGGAAACAAUAUGUAAUGGCAAUGAUAUCUUUUUAGAGUUACCAAACAUUGUACAAUUCAAGAGUUUGAGAAUCUAAGUGAUGUUACUUGUUUCAUACUUUCAGUCUUCACAUUUCACCACUGAAAAAAAAAAA